AUUAUAAACCCUCAAGAAAUCCCGCGAAGGUGCCGUGUGCGUCCCCCGCCGGUUGUGAAGGACUCGUCCAUUUUAUCGUUUCAGGAAGAUAACUGCGUCAAGAUGUCGGCUGAAGCAGCGGCUGAGAAACCGGGCCCUGCGAGUGGGAUGAACGGGAAGGCGGUUAACGAGACACGGAAGGAGCGGCCCCAGAAGCGGGGCGGCGGCCGCUUCGAGCCCUAUGGGAACCCAUCCAAGAGAUACCGGGUGUUCGUCAGCAACAUCCCCUUUGACGUGAAGUGGCAGGCGCUCAAAGACCUAAUGAAGGAGAAAGUGGGUGAGGUAACAUACGUGGAACACUUAAUGGACGCAGAAGGCAAGUCGAGGGGCUGUGCGGUUGUUGAGUUCAGGACUGAGGAGCUGAUGAAGAAGGCUGUGGAGAAGGUCAACAAGCAUGUCUUAAAUGGAAGGCCUCUCAAAGUGAAAGAGGAUGUGGAUGGUGAAUUUGCACGGAGAGCAGCCCAACGGGCUCAGGGAGGGGGCCCUCCUGGUGGCAUCGGGAUGGGUGUGGGAGGCAUGGGUAUGGGGCCCGGUGCCCCACCUAUGGUUAACAUUCCCCCCAGUCUCCUGAACAAUCCCAACAUCCCCAACGAGAUCAUCCACGGACUUCAGGCUGGAAAGAUAGGCAGCACAGUUUUCGUGGCCAAUCUGGAUUACAAGGUGGGCUGGAAGAAGUUGAAGGAGGUGUUUAGCAUGGCCGGGGUUGUGGUGCGUGCAGAUAUCCUGGAGGACAAGGAUGGCAAAAGCCGAGGGAUGGGCACCAUAACGUUUGAGAUGCCCAUAGAGGCCGUGCAGGCAGUCUCCAUGUUCAACGGCCAGCUGCUGUUCAACAGGGUCAUGCAUGUGAAGCUGGAUGAGAAGUCCCUGCCCAAGGAUGAUUUUGUCCCCCAGGAGAGACCCCCCGCUCUUCCCCGUGGGCUCAGUGGUAUUGGUCUGGGUUUGGGACCGGGCGGGCAGCCCAUUGAUGCCAACCAGCUGAAUCGAGGGGGCAGUGCUACAGGGAUGGGGUCCAUGGGCCCUGGAGGAAUGGAUGGGAUGGCCUUUGGUGGUAUGGGCAGAAUGGGAGGAAUGGACAACUUUGGGGGAGGAAUGAACAACAUGGACAGAUUUGGACCCUCUGGAAUGGGGCGGAUGAAUGACAUGGACCGUGGAAUCGGUAGUGGAUUUGACCGUGAUUUUGGCCGAAACGAGAUGGGAAUGGCUCGCAAUAACUUCAGUGAGUCCUUUGACAGAGGAAUGGGUAACUCCAUGGGUAUGGACCGCAUGGGCACUAACAUGGACCGCAUGGGCUCCGGGAUGGACCGCAUGCCAGGGAUGGACCGCAUGGGCAUGGACAGGGUGUCUGAUAUGGACAGGAUGGGUUCUGGCUUUGACCGAAUGGGAUCUGGCCUUGACCGUCUAGGGCCUGGUAUGGAUCGGAUGGGAUCUGGCCUGGACCGUAUGACCUCAAAUGUGGACCGCAUGGGUCCGGGUGGGUUUGACCGGAUGGGCCCAUCCAACAUGGACCGCAUGAGUGGGGGGAUGGACUUCAUGUCUCCAAUGGGCAUGGAUCGGAUGGGCUCCAACCUGGACAGGAUGGGCUCCAACUUUGACCGCAUGGGUUCCACUGGCAUCGACCGCUUCCCCAGCACUGGGAUGGACCGGAUGGGCUCCUCUGGCGUCGGGGGCCAGUUCGACCGACCUUCAGACCUGGAUCGGGGUGGCUUCAGUAACCCCUUUGGAGGAGUUGGGGGUGGAGGGCCAGGUGCUGGGGCCAACGCUAGGAAGAGCUGCCAGAUCUUUGUCAGAAAUCUUCCCUUUGACUUCACCUGGAAGAUGCUGAAGGACGCCUUCAGUGCGUGCGGUCACGUGCAAUUCGCGGACAUCAAGGUGGAGAAUGGCAAGUCCAAGGGCUGCGGGGUGGUGCGCUUCGAGAACCCGGAGACUGCCGAGCGGGCCUGCCGCACCAUGAACGGGUACCGGCUGAACGGGAGGGAGAUCGACGUGAGAAUCGACAGAAAUGCAUAAGCCUGACCCUGCUCCCCCAUGAUUUAGUUUGGUUGUGUGAGUACUCUGCACUUGGUGUAACUUGCCUCCAAUUUUAGUGACCAAAUAUUUUUUUUUUUAAAUGCUUUUGAUUUCAACGCCACCUUCUCUGAGGUGUUUUGAUAAAUUCCAGUGUUUGAGACUUCAUCCUGUUCUUAAGUUCGUACCUGGCAUUAGAAGACGUGCAAGCUCUCUUUGAAUAAAUACCAUUUGAUUAAA